AUGUCAGCUGCCAUAGCUGCCGCAAUUGUGCCGGUGGUGGGGGCAUUGGGCUUCUUGGCCCUCGCCAGCCGAGCGUUCGCCAUCGACUCGCGCCUGCGGAAGGUCGAGGACCCGACGGCGUCUAUGCACCUGCGCGCGAUGUCACAGGCAGCCGCCGACCCAUCCCGGGCGCCGCACUGGUACUGGCUGGCAUCCUCCUGCGUGUACGCGCCUGCCAUCAUGGCGACAGCCAUUUGGCAGAACGAGGCGGCGACGGCUAUGGGGAAGGAGGACACCGUAACGAUGACGAUGGGCAUUGUGUCGGGUGCAAUGUUCUUUGUGACAGCCGUGUCCCCCAACUUUCAGACCUCGGUUGCCGGCCACGUGUGGCACGCUGUCACGGCUGGCAUCUUCAUUGCCACUGGGAUGUCGUACGUCUUCCGGGCCAGCUUCCUGGAGGUGGUGUCUGGCGACGCCGUGAGCACUGUGCGCUUCAUCAUGGCCGGCAUCAUUGCGGCAGGCAUCCUGUCCAUGGUGUGCGGCCUGCUGUUCUUGUACUACGUUGCCGCCAAGAAGCUGGAGGACGCGGCCAAGCCCGGGGCAACUCCGCUGGACCCCAAGGAGGAGCGCCAGGCGCGGCUGUCCAUCGCAGCGCUGGCUGUUGUGCAGAUGGCCAUCGGCCUGGGCUUGGCAGGUGGGCUGGCCAGCGGCGCCGCAGAGGUGGCUGAGCUGCCACCUGACCUGCUGGCCACCGGGUGCGCCGUUGGCGGCGGCGUGCUCGUGCUGUUUGCAGGGUGCGGCUGCGGGGCGUUCCAGUUGUGCGGCCGGGGCAGCGGUGAGGGCGCCACCCAGACAACUUCUGUGGAGAAGGUGGAGGCCCUGGCACCAAAGUGA